UCGCGUACGGCAAAACUCCGAGAAGCCAAGAUUUCUGCACGAAAUCUAUGACAUCUCUCUAGUGCUGCAUCUCUCUAGCUGACAUCGACUUCAGACUAUUAAUUUUGCGCGUGCGCAGUAGUGAUAUCAGUUAGCGCGCGAAUGUCUGCAUAAACGCACAUGUGUGGCUGUCAAGCGUCUCGGACUCGCGACUGGCGGAUGGCGUCUUUGGCAGGCUGAAAAACAUGGGAGGCUCGUACGAUCUGCAUAACAUCGUUCGCAACCUGCGCUCCCACAAGAGCACGGACCGCAAAAGGGCAUUCACUUUGUUGAGGAAUGCACUGAAAGACCAGAGUACUUAACCUCCUUGGACAAGAACACACUUGACAAAGUCAGCCUAACCUGGGAUUUGGUUGCCACCAGCAUUGCCAAAAUUAUUGAACAGGAGCUUGACAAAUCUGCUGGAAAUGGCAAAGUCGGGCCCGAUGUACCUGCCGCUGUCGACCUGCUGCGAAAAGUGGUUCAACUGGCCAACAGAAGGAAGUCGCUGCUGAACCCUCGCAAGAUAUUGGAGCAUGUGCAGUGGUUCCUGGAUAAAGGGGCGUGCGAGCCUCUGCAGACGCAGUACAACAGCCUCCUGCGGUUGCUGCUGCAUAGUGACUGGCAGGCUACUCUGCCGGCUUCUCUGUACCGCAGUCUGGUCAAAGGAGUUUGCAAGCUGCUAUGCUCGGACAAGCGGGAUGUGGUGGGACUCAGCAAUGCACUUCACCAGCUCAUAAUCUCUGGUUUCUACCAGGAUGAUGCCUCCCUCGAGACUGUCCUCGCGACAGUGUCUGGUUCUUUUGGCAAGAUCAGGGAGACUGGUACGGCCAGCCAAGUGGUUCUGCAGCUGUCCAUCUUGGUCGAAGUGGGCCGUCGACUCGGGGGCAGGAGACGUCGGCUGCUCUGUGACCUGGGGCAGCCCCUAAUGCGUACCCUGCUGCGUCUUUGCACUUGGAACUCUUUGCAGAUCAAGAUGUUGGCUCUGGAGUUCCUUGCCCUGCAGCUGAGCCUACACAGGAGCGACACAGACCAGGGCGUGUGGCAGUGCCUGCUCGAAGAUUGGCACGAGUUGCUGAUGCAGCAGCUGCAGGAGCGGCCCGUCUCUGUGCUCAACCAGCAGGAGGAUCGUAUAAGGGGUGCCCAAGUGUGGCUGGCUGCCGAGAUACUGCACCAGCUGGAGACAUGGGACACUGCAGUUGCUGCGCUCUUGGCCACCAAGCUCGGCUGCCGAGAAGUGGUGCCCAGGCUGGAGACUGUUGCAUGCUACUUGUGGAGGUACCCGGAAAGUGCCAGUCACACGUGCCUUCAAAAGCUGCUGGGCUUUCUCACCCAGUGCUACUCAUCUUGCAAGAUGUUGGACGUGAAACGUUGUGUGCUUCUCUGCUACUAUGGGGUGGCCCAUGCAGUUAGGCCUGGCCACAGAUCGUGGCCCAUGUGGAAUGUAGUCUGGGAGCAGACUGUCAAGACCGUCUUCCUGAACCAGUGUGUGGAGGAAGGUCACUUGGUGCUGCAGGAGCUUCUGCGGAAGCAGCUUGCAUCCUGCUCUGACCUGGCGUCUCUGUUCUGCCCAGGCCGUUCGUUGGAGCCUAUGGCCUUGCGCAGCCUGUGUGUGGUGCUGCACCAGGCCACCUACCUAGAUGUGGCUGCUGUACUGCCCGACAAGCACAGGUGUGUUAAUCUUGCGAUUAUUGAUCCUGGGUGACAACUUUUUUUGGCAGUACUGUGGAAGCUAUGGAACUGAAAUGCUUGUCUGUGUGCGUGCCAGGGAAUAGUACUAUUUUAAUU